AUGGAGAGUUUGAAUCCAUGGAUAAAAGCAUGGUUCCUGGAAUAUUACAAUAAAAAUGUCCAAGAGAAUAUCGCGAUAAAUGAAUACACUAACUGCAAACCCAAGAAAGUCCAGCUGAUCGAAUUCCGUAAAUUUCUAUGCACCCAAACUCCCAUCGAAGAAGGCACCAAUUCCAGUGAAAGUUGGUGGGCUAUCGCCAGCGAUAAAGAUAUUAGGAUACCGUGUUACUUCACUCGAAAUGCUUUAAUCGCUUUUGAAGGUGCUAACGAUGACUUGAGAUUCACCCAACUGGGUGGAUCCAUUGUCUUUCUAUUACAAUGGAAAGCUCAGAUCGGUAAGAUCGACUCCCUCAACCAAAUAAGCGAUGGAACGAAUCGCAUUAGACACAAGCCUUCUCUUUACUUUGUCGUUGAUGACUUUGUCAUCAAAGGUUGCCUCGGUGAACCUGUCUUCGGCGAUCCUACAGAUAUCAUGGGCGAGCAACUCAUCAGCGACUUCACUUUAAAUCAACUUCGCAGUGGCAGCUCGAGUGUAUCUGCUGGUGCACUCUCAAGAAAGUCGAGUAUUCUCGGCAGAAAGUCAUCAAAAAUUGCCCCACUGUCAAGACAUGCAACACUUGAUGAGAAUGACGAACAAAGGCAAGCGGUAAACAAAAGCAUGUCGCCAUACACAAAUGACACGAAUAUCUCGAGAUUAAAUCCCGAUACCAAUCUAGCUGCACCAAAACUCCAUGGAAGUAAUCCUGGUUUAACUCGUCACCCUAAUGUGCAUCUGUUUAGACACUCUCAAUGGCCGGUCUGGAUGACACUUGACGAAGAAAUAUGCUGGAUGUCAGAAGACGAAGAGUUGCUUUUAUCCAAGACCGGAGUAUACAACCCCAACUUUUCAGGAAAUUCAAGUAAAGAACUACCAUUCAACCAAAUUGGCUAUGAGGGCUAUUUCAGCUCCCAGCAAAUGCCCCAAUCGAUUGAUAGAUCGCUCGAAAAAGAGAAAACGCCUAAUGAUGUUAACUCUAAAGAAAAGAAAAUGAAGAACGAAGAGUCUAUCGAGAGAUUAAACCAUGAUUUGCAGAACAUGCAAGAUCUGCCCAAUGUGCCGUCGCAGGCCAAGCUGUCAACUACGCGACAUCCUCCAUCACAAUCCAAUCAAGUACAGAAGUAUUUGCAACUUUCACAACGCUCAAAUAAUUCACAGCAUUCACAGCAAUGUAUAAAUAAUCAAUUACUCUCAACCGACGGAAUAGACUCUUCCUUUCCAUUACCUAAUGAAUCUCAGGUACCUUAUAACAUGCAACAAAGCAUUAAAAUGCAUCAGCAGAAUCUAAUAGAAGGAGACGAGGCUGAUGAACGAAGCUCUAGGCACUCUGCUGAUACAGAAAUGCGUAAUGACGAAGAUAGUAGUGGUCAGAGUCAUGAUAUCAUGCCUGUUAUUGAUAGUAAUCACAAGAGCAUGGACGUACAAAUGACCGAGACUAGUGCUAGGAAAUUUGAAGAAGAUAACAGUAAUAGUAUAAGUAAAGGGGAUGCUGAUGCUGGUAGCUCCAAUGAAGGUUACAAAUCAAGAAUAAUAAGGCCAGCGCCAUUAUUGCUAAAGACUGGAUUAGCCAAAACCUCGAAUAGAUCUUCUACGGGGACCGAUAUAGUCCUUGAACAGCUGCGAAGAUCCAAUUAUAGUGCUGAUACUGCAACGAAUGAUAGCAAUGAAGGUUUAGAAAUUGUGAAUAAAGACGUCAGAGCUACAUCGUCGAAGCAACCCGGGGAUUACUCGACGUCAUCUAUUAAUAACCUACCGAUACCUCGACCAUCAAGUUCAUCUCCAAAUACACGGUCUUUGCUAGAGUUGCAGCAUCAAAAUCAUAAAGCUGAGGCGGCAGCUCUUUCACUGCCGAUGGAAAUACAGGAAUCAUUGCAGGAAAAGCCGAAAAAACCCUCACAACAACCUCAAUCGCCAGAGAGACAGACAAGAUUAAAGUAUUUAAAUCAAUUGCUACCAUUCAGCAGUCCAGCAUUUGAAGAAGAAGACUGUGAGAUGCAAAUACGUAAACCAGGCAGAGGGAUUGGGAUACAAAGGAAGCGUAAAGGGUUCAAGAAGAUUGAAAGACUAGACAAAGGAAAGCGGCCGCUAGAUUUUCCAGCAGAUAUAGAGCGCGAAGAGGCAGAAGAUAUGAACGAUAGUACUAAUAGUGCUGAAAUCGUUUCCACCCCAUCCUCAAAGACACAGUACUUUAGCUCAUCUGGUGAAGUAGUGUUAAAUACACCGCUGGUGAAAGUAAUUAAUACGAGUGAACCAUCGAGCUUAUUGACAAACAAAGUCGCAUCUUCACCACGUAAAGUUCGACGGAAACUUGAGAGUAACGAAAAUGAGUUUACAUCCUCACCCAUACCAUCCUUAGGUAGCAUUGAAUCGAGCUUUCCGAUGCAGGCUGUAUAUGACUAUAUGCCUGAGUCCAUGACUGAAUCGCAACGACGUGAGCAUUUGCAGAUGUCACAGUCUCAGAAGCCGCACUCACAAUCUCGAUCGCAAUCUCAACCUCAAUCUCAAGUAGUUGAAUCUCAGGUCAGUUUUAACCUCUCACAAAGUCAAUUCCCAAUUAUCAAUAACAGUAAUGACAAAGUGGGAGAAGAUGGAACAUUCUUUAAAGGUACACAAGUGGUAGCAGAUGAGACUCUUGUACCAGAGUCACGAGAGGCGUUUGAAGAUAUGUCUCAGCAAUCACAGGAACGAGAUACCUCUUUAGCAAUGUCGCAACAAUCACAGAAGAAUUUAUAUGAGCAGUCUCAACAGCAUUCACAGGGUCAUUCACAAGACUUGUCUCAAGAUCGCUCUCAGUUUGAUACAAGUAAUGGCAAUAAUAGUCUACUGCCAAAUGCAACAACUCAGGAACAUGCAGACCCUGAUUUUGAUUCUCAACCGAUAACAGCAUCUCAAUUACAUCAACAGACAAUAGAUAUAAUGGAUGAUGUUUAUGACAAUUCACAAGACGAGUCAAUGGACUACAUGAAGUCGCCGCCUGCUGGACAGCGAGGACAACAAACUAAGAGGGACAUAUAUGUUGACCCCCUACCACGAUUCAAAUAUGAUCGCGAAGAUCUCUACGCCAUUUUGUCAAUGGAAAAGAUGAAAACUUUAAAUGAUAAUUUUUUUUACAUAUGUUGA